GUUUGGCCAGAUCUCGCAGCCUGAGGGCCGGCAUGCCGGCUAGUUAAGUGCACGUGCGCGUGCUUUCCAAAGCUGCACGCGUCCUCAUCCUUAUUUAGUGACUUCUGUGAAUGCUCCGCUAGUAAUGGCGCAAGAGUAACAGUCAUCGUACUGCGUGGGACCUGAACAAUACUUGAGAUCGUGUGUGCUGCAUUGGUUUGAGUGCGUGCUGUGCUGUGUUUGUGUGUUGUAUUGGACAAGUAGGAUUUCGUCGCCGUUAAAACCGGUAAAAACCAGAGUAUUUCGCUUUUGAACAUAUCUGCAUAAAAAUAAGCUGCGGCUUUAUAUAAAAAUACCUUUAAGUGAAGCGGGGCAUAUGAAUGUGUGCCGGUAUGAAGAAGCUAUCGUGACAAUAUCGUGAGCGACACAAUCUGGGAAAGAUAGGAAACUGAGGAAUGUUUUUCAUCAAGAUAACGGCGUAGUAUCGCAGUCCAUAGACUUCACAGUACCGAAUGUUGAACGUUACAACGUACUAUUUUUGCUAUCGGAUAGCAUGAACUGAACUAACCAAAUCUACUAAACUGAACUCUUAAAAAAGGGGGGUUUUGUACGAUACCUGUGUAUGGCGAAUGCUUUAUAUCUUAAUUUCAUCAGGUAGCGGUAAAGUUAGUACUGCCCCCUGAAAUAGCCAGUUAUUGCACGAGUCACUCUUGAUAACAUCAAGUAUUGAUACUUGAACAAUCUUAAUGAAGAGUCGAGGCAGUAAGACUUGAAAGACUAUCACGUCUUCAGUGCAGCGUCGCAAGCUAAACUUCGACUGCAGAAAAGAUUGACAAAGUGCUCAGAUAGCCGCACGUGUUCUCCAUCAAUUCUAUUCGAUUUCUAAAUGAGCGGUACCUGUGACGAAGAAGGGUGUAGGGAGAAAGAGCCGUGUUUCUUGUCAGAUUGACGCUCGUAUAUUUUACAUGGUUCGUACUUCAUUAAGGACGACGGGUUUGUCGAUAUCGAACGCAUUCGAGCAGAACGAGAGAAUUCCGGGUGAGAAACGGAAGGCAACGGGUGUGACCCUCUGGGUUUGCCAAUACAAACUCAGAAGCACGGUUCCGAUAUUUCUGCGGCGCGGUCAAUACUCAGGAUGACGCUAUCGUGGUAAGACACACGGUGCUUUACGUUGAUCGAGCGCUAGAAGUGAUUUUCCAUUUUUCACACAGAAAGCUAUCCCGAACAACCUCACCAGGGAGACCUAGUGGAACUGGCAGUCUGCAGGGGUGUCGGUGAAAUUGUGUAACAUAGGAAUCGGGAUACGAGAGUGCCAUCAGAGAAUAGGCUAACGUUCAUAAGCUGCGUUUUGUGAACUACUUCACAAGUUACUCGUGGAUGCCGAGGACAUUGUUAAGGUAAUUUUUGUUGUUGUCGUUUCCGCUGUGCGGUUAGUAGUCAGGAAGGAGUGCAGCAAUUUUCAUCCAACGAUAAAAAUAUUGCGAGCGCGAUCGAACAAAAGGGGCAUGAUCUAUCUUAGUGCAUUUCAAAGCUGACGACGUCUGAGGCGCUAUUUUUAGGCACAGAUUUGAGAUAUCACCGAUCGAAGUAUAAAAGCUAUCUCAGCAUUCUUUCAAGAGCGACGAAAGGGAUCUCGGGAAAAAGAGCGCGCUACCCGUGAAUUGGAGUGCUUCCUCCUUUGGAGAAAUAUCUUCGUCGGAUGCCGCGGUUGGAGAGGUAUCCCAUUCAUUUCUCCAACGUUGUUCUGCUCUUCUCUGAGUAUUCCUUGUCGUGAAUCCGACUGCCUGCUUCAUUUCAUUCCACGUCAGCUCCGUAUCAUUUAUUCACAACUCAUUCGACGGAAGGAAAAUAGAACACUUUUCACGCUGUCUCAAACGGAAUAUUUGCGAAGCAUUCCAAACGUGUCCUAAAACGAUACCAUCACUGCAACUUCCAAUAAAGACGCUCACAGUCAAACAAAGCAUUUUUCCUCACUUCUAAAGCGAUCAGACCUUACGCAAAAUCUUCACAAAGCAAGUACGUCUCGCAGGAGGCGCGAUAGAGGCGAGGCUAAAUAUUUCCGGCUUUCAAAUCACGUCUUUCGGGAAGGAAAUCAAAGCCCUCCCCGAACAAACCAUUACAAAGCCGCGCCAAAACUCUUCCUCCCAUGUAGACUCCUUCUUUCGUUUACUUUGCCAACCACAAAAGGCGUAUAUAUAUCGACAACACAGACCGGCAUUGUCCACAUUCCAAGGGAGCGAAAACAUCUCCGUCGACCAGCAGAAUCCUAAUGGUCAACACCAAGCACAUCCCGGCUUGGCAGACAAUUGUAGAAAGUGCGCAAAGAAAAGCCUGAUACCAAAAAAGAAAAGAAAAAACCACACAUUUUGUCCUGGGGCUUCUGUGAAGGGAUUUAUUUUCGUUGGACGCGCGCAUUUACGUCGGCGAAAUAAAAGUGGGGUCGAACUUGAUGUCGGGUUCGAGAAGGACGACAUGCGGUGUGCCAUAAGGUGCGGACCGUGCAUUCGGAUCCAGGAGAGGGACAUAGGUUGACAUCAAACAACAUUGUGACGUACGUGUGCGAGUGCGCAAUUUGGGAAUUGUCAGUCCCGUGCACAAAGGGAGAAACAGUGAAUGUGUUUCACGAAGUGAUGCGAUCCUGAAAGUUUCCGUGAUUCUGGAACUAGAACGCGUCAAGAUUGAACGAUGAAGCAAGGAGGAGCGAUGUGGUUCCUGUUCCGGAUCGAGACUGCGGUACUCCUGUGCGCACUUCGUUGGUGUUGGCCAGCAUCCGCAGCCGAAGGUCCACGACUCACAACAGAACCCCAAGGGCAUGUGCUCUUCUCGAACUCAUCCGGCAGCAGCAUAUCUUGCACGGCCACUGGUGAUCCACUACCCACUGUCCGAUGGCUGACGCAAGAUGGAGACCCAGCGGGCGACGUACCCAGACUUCGGCACGUGCGCUCAGACGGAACUCUCGUUUUUCUCCCCUUCCGCCCGGAUCAGUUCCGCCGGGACGUCCACGAAGCACGUUACCGUUGUGCAGCAACAAACGUCAUCGGGACUGUGCUCAGCGGAGAACUGCAUGUGACGGCUGUUGUGGAUGUGGACUACGAUAUGAGGUUCCCCGACAGGCAGGUGAUUGCCGGAAACUCCGUCCUGCUUCAAUGUCCCAUCCCCAGUCACGUCGCUGAUUACGUUCAAGUCACUUCGUGGCAGCGAGUGGACGGCUACGUGAUUACACGGAACACGCACGGCGAUAGUUACGUCAUGACGACGGACGGUCUGCUGUACAUCCGGGAAGCCCGUGACGCUGACGAACUCCGUCGCUACCGCUGUCACACUGAAAAUACGCUCACACGAAGGAAGAAGACGAGCUUAAACUUCGUGCGGCUCCUGCUAAGAGAACCGCUUACUACUCAAAUGCCCUCCAUUCUUCAUCGCACCAAUCGCGUAUUCACAGAACCUGGAAAGCCCGCCGACUUGUUGUGCAUCGCCGAGGGUUUUCCCGUUCCUACUUACAGGUGGUUCAAACGUGAUGGCCAGCGUCUCGCAACCUUAGAACCAAGUAUGCGUCUCAGGGAAAGCGGAGGAGUUUUGCAGUUUCGAAACCCAAGGGCGGACGACGGGGGAACCUACGUCUGCGUCGUUUCCAAUGAGCUUGGCGAGGCACAGGUUGACCUCAGGCUCAUCGUCGGCCAGAAGCCAUGGGCAGAGGUAUCUCCGUCCCACGUACGCGCGGAGGUAGGACACUCGGCUGCGUUCCGAUGCAACAGUUCUAUCUUCGACGAAGACUUCGACAGCGACUCCAUGGACCCUUCGUCGACGGCUAGCAUGGAAUGGCGACGAAACGGCAUCAGACUACCAGGUCGCGGUCGUGUCCUGCACCUGUCCUCCAUACGGCGGCAGGACCAAGGAAUGUACCAGUGCUUCAUCCGCAGUUCUGUUUCGUCCACGAGGACGGUACAGGCAGCGGCGGAGCUUAUUGUUGGGGACCAAGCACCGCGACUACGGACCACCUUCGACGACGUGACCAUACGGCCUGGAAAAAGCGUGGUCCUUCGGUGUUCCGUCGUGGGCGACCCAGCUCCUCACGUCACCUGGCAUCUAGACGGCUCGUGGUCUCUAGAACCUCACCACGGAGGUAGAGCUCGGGUUCGAACCUCCUCCAGCACGGAGACGGGCUCUGGCGGGACGCCGGAAGUGGUCAGCACCAUGACGCUCGCUUCCGCUGACGUCCAAGAUGGCGGUUCUUACAGUUGCGAGGCUUCCAAUUAUGCAGGAAGGGUUGUGCACGAAGCGCGAGUGAACGUUUAUGGCCCCGUGUUUGUGCGUGCGCUGGGAAAUGUGUCUGCCCUGGCUGGUAACAACUUCAGAGUGCAGUGUCCCUUUGGUGGAUAUCCCUACGGGCACGUUUACUGGGAGAAAGAUGGUCGACGGUUGCCCCUGAAUCAGAGACAAGUGGCCUUCUCGAAUGGGACGCUGAUGAUUCAAGCGACGGACAAAGAGCACGACGAAGGACAAUACACCUGCACUGUCCACGGGCCAGACUCCCAGUUGGUGCAACGGACUAUCGCUCUGCACGUGAGGAGUGGCCCCCAAAUCACCCCAUUCAGUUUCCAAGCCAAUCUACACGAGGGCGUGCGCGCUGGAGUCACGUGCCUCGUCCAUGCCGGGGAUCCUCCAAUCCGCAUCGAGUGGCUCUGGAAUGGGCAAGUCCUUCGGCGAGGCCCCGACGUCUCCGUCAUGAGUCCAGAAGGUGGCUUUGUUUCUACGCUUACGCUACAGCGACUGUCAUCGAAGCACAACGGAAAUUAUACGUGCCGAGCAACGAACCAAUAUGCUUCAGCGUCAUACUCAGCUCAGUUGCUCGUUAAAGUGCCUCCUUCUUGGACAUUGGAGCCAAACGACACGACAGCGGUAACUGGUCGAUCGGUCUUCAUCGAUUGCCAAGCACACGGGGUACCUCAACCGCAUAUCCGCUGGAAAAGUGCAGCAGAUUCUGAUCCGAGCUUGGUGAACACGGGAGAAUCGGCUGCGUUUCGCACCAUCAUCAGCAACUCACACAUUCACAUCCUCGUGAAUGGCACGCUAAGCAUCCGGAGCGUCGAGCCCAAGGACGCUGGACUCUACCUGUGCGAAGCGAGCAACGGUGUUGGAUCUGCGAUCAGCCGCGUGCUGCAGCUCACAGUGCGGAGUGCGCCACAAUUCGCCAGAAAGUUCUCGACAGUGUCCGUGAAACGAGGUGCCAGGGCUGAAGUGGCAUGCCGUGCUCGUGGUGAUCUUCCUAUGCGCUUUCACUGGCUGAAGAACAACCUCGCCUUCAAUGUUCUCAAGGAACAUAGGUAUUCUCGAAUGGAGGACAGGGUGGGCGAUGUGACCACCUCAAAGAUAACGGUGCAGAACGUCGACCGAUCCGACAACGCCGUUUUCACUUGCCAGGCGUCCAACGAAUUUGGAGAAGAUUCAACCAACAUACAACUCACGGUGCAAGAUGUUCCCGAUGCUCCAGCAAAUGUUGAAGUUCGAGAAGUUUCCAGUCGUACCGUUCGUGUGUCUUGGUCACCACCAUUUACGGGGAAUUCACCAAUCACGCAGUACACAAUUCACUGGAAGACACCCGACGAUCUUUGGCAAGAUACGACGACGAUAUCAGGUCUGGAAUCCAAAGCGACGGUUCGAGGUCUGAUGCCGACGACCACAUACCAGCUGCGUGUCCGGGCGGACAACGUUUUCGGCAGCGGACCUUACAGCGAGUCCAUCGACUUCACCACAGUGGAAGAACCACCGAGGUUUCCACCGAAGAACGUGCAAGUCAAGGCAAGCAAUUCGAGGACACUUUCCAUUUCCUUUGAUAACCCUCACCUAGAAGAUACUGGCGACAAGAUUGAGGGAUAUUACGUUGGCUACAGAGAACUGGGAAGCCUGGAAGCGUUCACCUUCAAAACCUUCGAAGUGGUUCGAGAAGCGUUUCAACAGAGCACGCUUACGUACGAAGUCGCCUCACUUCGGCGAUCCACAGAAUAUGCAGUCACGGUGCAAGCCUUCAACGGCAAAGGCGCCGGACCACAAUCGGAAGUGGUCAGAGUACGCACGUUAGACUUCGAUCCCCCGAACGCCCCACAUCUUCGAAUUGCUGGGACAACCUCCCGUUCCAUUUCCGUCAACUGGGAAAACGAACACAUUCAGGAAGCUCCUGUCACAGGGUACUACCUAUACUACAAAUACGACAACGGAGAAUGGCAAGAAGUAUCCGUGCCUCACGACAGGAGGGCUUUCACCUUGACUGACCUACGAUGCGGUACCGAGUACCUGCUCCACAUGCGAGCGUCCAAUAGAGCAGGGAAAGGAGCGCAAGGAGAGACUGUCAGCGUCAAGACUAAUGGAGGACGACCAUUGGAACCAGACUCCAACAAGCUAUUCGAAGUGAACUCGACGUUCGUCGUUCUACACUUGGAAGCUUGGGACGAUGGUGGCUGUCCUAUAGCCUACUUCGUGGUCCAGUACAGGGCGGACGGUGGAGCCUCCGACUGGACUUUGCACUCAAACAACGUGGUCCCUCAGCAACAACUAGUUCACCUCGGCGACCUUGUGCCGGGUUCCUGGUACACGCUGCUCAUGUCGGCACACAAUGACGCAGGCUCAACGGAAGUGGAACUGAGCUUCGCCACGCUUACUCUCUCUGGAGACAUGCCUUCUCGACGGUCAGACGUGCUUGACCCACAAGUCGCCUUCUACCGUCACCUCACUGUAACACUCCCCAUCGUCAGCUCAGCUUUGGUCCUCGUUGUCGUGCUGGGCGUCGUCUGCCUGGUGCUCAGAAAGCGGACGUACGACACAAGGCAGCGCUCUGUGGACGGGAUCGUGGUGUCGGAGUGCUGCGACGCCGGGAAGGGCGACAUGAUGCUGGCAGUUUCGCACGAGUCUCAGGGCCGCAAUCAAGAGGCCGUCUACUACCCGGCGCCCUAUUCCACGCACCGCGGUCAUCCGCCACGUUGUAACGGUGGAGGUGGAGGGCCUCGUUUUGAGGACACCAAGGCACGCACCUACGACGUUCCGUACCCCGUCAAGAGACUAGAAAUGUGGGAUCCAAGUCCCGAGGCAUCAAUGACGUGCAUGCAGGUGUACGAACGAGCAGGUCAGGAAGCGAUGUACAGAACGUCCCCUUAUCACAUAUCGAAGCAAAAGGACACGAUGACGACAGCGUGGAGGGAAGAUGGUGACAGGAGCUCCUGCAGCGAGAACGACACUGACGAGCUUCUCGAAGAGGCGAGUACACCCGUUGAGCCACAGCCACUUAUUGUGCCUUUAGACAGAACGACCUUGGAUUAUAGGAUGCACAACGGCACCACGCGAUCAUGGAAAAAAUACCCGAGCUCCUACCAGACGACAAGCCUGCGUUGUGCCGGAGAGUACACCUCCAUCACAUAGCCUCCAAUCGACUCUCAAAAGACUUUUGCCUUAGUGUGAACGGUUAAUGUUCCUCAACCAAGAACUAUUUUCUACGUGUGAUGAACACAGCGCCUCCCUACAGAAGGAACUUGUGGCAUCGACGAUCCUCCGUGCAUUGUAAUGGGAGUUUGACGGAACACAAAGUCGGUGUCUGUGACGGACGUGCCAGCAUGGCAAUGUUUUCAAAGAAAAGUGCUACAUGCUUUAACGUCGUGAGCUUAUUGAAAUAAAUAAUGGUUAUGU